GGCAGUUUAGCUAGAGGACAGACUGAAAGAAAUGGAAAUAGUGGUGAGAUCGCUCCCCCAGCUGCACUGAUGUACAGAAUGCGAUACAAUUGCGAUGCAGAAUCAUAUGCCCAACAGCAUGUACUUACUUGCAAUCGCAGACAGACACGCCCUCGAGCACUAGGAGGAUUCAAGGAGAACGUCAAUGUUCUUGAUAGAAAAGACACCACUCUUGAGGGAGCAGUACAAUGGGCGAUGUAUACAUGGUCGAGUCAACUCACUAAUCGUGGUGUUCCAUCUAAUAUGAUUUAUAGUAGAGAAGUAGCCGAUCGACCAAUUAGUAAUGGUGUAUCAGCAUUUACAAAGAUGGCUUGGUCUAGCAACACGCAACUUGGUUGUGCAGUGAAUGACUGUGGAAGUUUUUUCUUCACUUCGUGUAUUUAUGGACCAGGAGGUGGUAAUAAUAUCGGUCAAUCUAUCUAUCCUAUUGGUGCAGUAUGUUCUCAGUGCACCGCCAAUUGCACAGAUGGACUGUGCCCAACCCCUUAA